AUGGCGGCGGCCUUGGCUCGGCUCGGACUCUGCUCGGUCAGGCAGGUUUGGGUUCAGUUCUGCCCCUUCAAGAAGAACGUGGAAUCGACGAGGACCUUCCUCCAGGCGGUGAGCAGCGAGAAGGUUCGCUGCACAAACCUCAACUGCUCAGUGAUUGCGGACGUGAGGCAUGACGGCUCCGAGCCUUGUGUGGACGUGCUGUUCGAAGAUGGGCAUCGCUUGAUAAUGCGCGGCGCUCACCUGACCGCCCAGGAAAUGCUCACUGCUUUUGCCUCCCACAUCCAGGCUAGGGGCGCGGCGGCGAGCGGGGACAAGCCGAGCGCCAGUACCGGGCGCUGA